AUGUACAAACCGGUGUUGGGUGUCGUGUUCGUUCUCGUCGCGUUUUCGGCACAUCCAGCGUGGUCGUCCGACGACGACGCCACUGCCGCCACUGCAGCCGUCCAGUCGCCCGCCGAAAAUUCCACGACACACGACGUAGUCCGAGGGAAUGAUACGAGUUCCAGCAUCGAGUUCAGUAAUAGCAGUACUGUCACAUGUGAAAAUGCCAGUCGUUCCAUUGAUGACUUUCCCCCGGACUUUUUCACUGACAACCAAAGACGUCACGGCGCUGUUGUCUUUCACUUCUUGGUGGCUUUUUAUGGAUUCGUUUUCAUAGCAUUCGUCUGCAAUGAUUAUUUCCUACCGUCGGUGUUUUGCAUAUGCUUAGACUUGGGCAUCUCACCGGACGUGGCGGGAGCGACGUUCAUGGCGACGGCCACGUGCGCGCCCGAACUCUUCGUCAGUGUCAUCGGAACGUUCCUGACAGAGUCCGACCUCGGAGUGGGAACGGUGGUGGGCAGCGCCAUAUACAACACACUGGGCGUAUCGGCGUGUGCCGGUCUGGCAGCGAGGAAAGCCAUCACCUUGGAAAAGUGGCCUCUGCUCCGGGACAGCGGAGUGUACUUAGUGUCCAUCGUCGCCCUGGCCAUCAUCGUAGUGGACGACGUGGUCAUGUGGUACGAGGCGCUGUUUCUGCUGUUCAUGUACUUUGGAUACUUCCUACUGAUGUUCACGCAGGGAAAGCUCAGGACUGCCGCCAAAAAGUUGAAAAACAAAAACUCGUUCCGGUCUUGGGCUAUAGUUUUCGAUUAUGUUCAACGGCUGUUAAUCAAUGCAUUGUUUUAUGGGAAAUUUACUUCGAAUGAAUGUCGAAGCAUUUCAUUGCCUGAAAGUGGUGCAAAAGCAUGUCAAUAUGGAACGGCUACGAACUCGAUGAAACCACCGGCUUUCGACAUUGGUUACGGCGUUUACCGUUCAUUCUACUUCACAGAGUAUGUACCGCCUCCACAGCCAAAAAAGUGUCAGACAAGCAAGAAUCCCAAUGAAAUAAUGGACGACGAAGAACCGAUCUCCCCCAUAUGGAAAGUACCCACAGGCGUAUUGCCCAUCAUGUGGUGGGCAUUUUCCUUACCAGUAGCAUUCAUGUUGUCGGUAACAGUACCGGAUUGUCGGACGAGGCGAAAGGUGUACCCGUUCACGUUCAUCAUGUGCAUAAUUUGGAUAGGCAUCAGUUCGUACAUAGUGUCUUGGAUGUUGUCGAUAUGCGGAGACACAUUUCAUAUUAGCGACAUUGUGAUGGGCAUAGCCGUUUUGGCGGCUGGAGGCAGUAUACCUGAAGCCACUUCGGGUAUAAUAAAUGCCAGAAACGGCGAGGGAUCGAUGAGCAUCAGCAACGCGUUAGGUGCCAACACAUUGGAUAUAUUAUUAUGCUUGGGCUUGCCGUGGUUUAUCAAAUGUCUUAUGCCGAUCUCCAUGAACGGUGGACCUAUUUUGAUGGAAACCAAUGAUUUAUUUUUUAACUGCAUAUGUUUAAUAAUCAGUGUGAUCGUGCUGAACAUUGCAGCAGCAGCGAAUGGAUUCAAAAUGUAUAAGACGUUUGGUAUCAUAUGUCUUAUUGGUCACUUUUGUAUCAUAACAAUAUUCAUAAUAAGCGGCCUUAAUGUUGUAAAACGCACAGAAAUUGGGCAAUUUUUAAGAAAAUAUUUACAAUUUGUAUGUACACUGUAUACAGCAGGGAUGGCCAAACCAAAUGAUCUUGCGGGUCACUUUGAAAAUACAUUACAAUCCUGCAGGCCACAUAUAGGGUUGCCAAAAAAAAAAAAAGGUCAUCACCAGUAA